GCCAUGACACCUUCCGAAUGUCAAACUUAUCGUAGGCAGAUUCUUAAUCUAUUGCGUGCGAUGAAAUUGUGUUUAUUUCGACCUAAAAUAAGCAGGAACUGCUGAUAUACACGUAAUUUCCAUUUUUCGACGUAUUAAACUAUCCGUAUAGGACAUAAAAGAUACAGAACAAUUAGAACACCGAAACCUAUUGUAGAAGCCUUUGUAAGAAAGAGAAGAGAGAAGGAGUGAGAGGCUAGAGAAGCAUCAACUCCGAUGAUGUCUCUGAAGCCGAGGAACAUUGAUUUCCAGGAGACUUGGGCCAACCUGCGUGAGACGGUGGCAGGAGUGGUGGGUCUCCGCGCGGUCGAGCGCGGCGUGUGGAACCUCCGCUUCAGCGACGUUUACGCCCUCUGUGUGGCCCACCCUGAACCUCUGGCGGAUCGGCUUUAUGACGAAACCAGACGAUUUCUAGAAGAGCAUGUGGAGGGCCUGCUGGAAAGAGUCCGCGGCACGUCCCCCCUCGAGAACAACGAUCCUUACGAUGGACUACUAGACCGUUACGUGGACGCGUGGCGCGAAUACUCCGAAGGCGUGGCUUACUUGAACAGCCUCUACUCUUACCUGAACUUACAGCACGUCAGGAGGCAGAAGGUGUCAGACGCUGAGAUAAUCUACGGUUCGGCCGCAACUGUCAGCUGUCCUGACAGUGACUCGCGUCAACUGGAAGUCGGCGAGCUGGGCCUAGUGAUCUGGGAGCGGGUUCUGAUCCGGCCCCUGUCCUCGGCCCUCUCGUCCCGUAUCGUGGCCGCGCUCAGCGAGGCGCGCAACUCAGCACCCGACCCCAAACACGCCGACGUACUGCGCCGCGCCAUCCAUAGCGCUGUAGAUGUACAAUCGUUCAGAGUGCGCGCUCCCCUCGCCCUGUACCAGCAAUUAGUCCUGGAGCCGUACCUGACCCAAGCCCAGGCGGCCCACGCGCGGCUCGCGGCGGACUUACUGCGCGCGGGCGAUAUCUCGCACUACAUGCGGGACGUAUUGCAAGGUCUCCAACGUGAAGUAGCCCUAGGGGCCCGUUUUCUCCACUCAUCCUCUAGUGAGGCGGUUAGGGGAUGCUACGAGCGAGCGGCGGUCGCUGCGCACCUUCCCGCCCUGCACGCCGAGUGCGCCACCCUCCUCAAACACGCCACGGACGACACCAGGCCCGACAACGCUCAGCACCGCACAGACCUGCGUCGUAUGUACACACUCCUCCGUCCGCUCGGGACGAACGCGCUGCGCCCAUUGGUGGACGCGGCCCACGCCCAGUGUGCCAAAGAUGGGACAGAGUUACUACAACACAAGCAUACUAAAGACGAGGCCCACACACACUUCGUCUCGUCCAUGGUGUCCCUUCACACUAAAUACUCGGCGCUUUUCGCUGAAGUGUUCGACAACAACCAGGCGUUCCUAGGUGCCCUGGACCGGGCUUGUUCUAGCGUCGUCAACUCUAGACCAGACGACAAUAGUCCGCCUAGGGCGCCUGAGUUGCUGGCUAGGUACUGCGACGCACUGCUUAGAAGACGCGGAAGCGAAGCGGAACCGGAAGCCCGCCUCGCCGCCGCCAUCUUGGUUUUCAAGUAUAUCGACGAUAAGGAUGUCUUUCAGAAGUACUACGCCAGGGCCCUGGCCAGGCGGCUCAUACAUCAGCUGUCUGCUAGUAUGGAACAGGAAGAAGCAAUGAUAAACCGUCUGAAAGCUGCCUGCGGUUACGAAUUCACCAACAAACUUCAUCGCAUGUUCACCGAUGUUGCUGUCUCAGCCGACCUGAACAACAAGUUCCAACAACAUCUGAGAGAGCAGGAGCAACCUCAGGCGGGCAUGCCAGGCUUCAGCGUGCAGGUGCUCCAAGCGGGCGCGUGGCCGCUAGGUGGCGCCAUGGCGCCGCUGGCGCCCCCGGCCGCCCUGGAGCGCCCGGCGCGCCAGUUCGAGGCCUUCUACCGCGCCUCCUUCAGCGGCCGCCGCCUCGCCUGGCUGCACCAUCUGUGUACUGGAGAGCUCAGGACUAGAUAUACGCCUCGCCCGUACCAUCUCAGCGCUAGCACUCCGCAGUGCGCCCUCCUCCUAUGUUUCGAGACGGUGGAUUCUCUGGCAGCCAAAGAGCUGAGAGCCAGACUCCAGCUGACGGGAGACGCGUGGACCAGACAGCUGAGACCGCUUCUGGAUGCCGGCUUGCUCCUAGCACAGGGUGACGUGGAAAACGAGGCAGAGGGUGAAUCCGAGUCGUCUACGGAGGGGGGGGAGGGGGGGGCGGCGCGCGGGGAGGGGGUGCUGGCGCUCAACCUCAACCUCAGCUCCAAGCGGACCAAGAUACGGCUCACCACCGCCGCCACACACCAGGGUCCCAGCGUCACGGGCAACAGUGCCACCAACAAUCCGGAUUCAACGGAACCCACACAUUGUGACGACGAUCGGAAGAUGUACCUGCAGGCCGCGCUAGUACGCGUCAUGAAGCAGAGAAAGGUACUCCGCCACAACGAGCUAAUCCAAGAAGUGGUGUCACAAGCGCGUGGCUCUUUCGCGCCUUCCGUCGCAAUGAUCAAGAAAUGUAUCGAGGCCCUCAUAGACAAGCAGUACUUGGAACGCGCGCCGGGACGUCUUGAUACUUACAGUUAUUUAGCUUAGAUUUAGCCUACGUCUUUAGACUACCUAGGUCGUGUCUCGUUCGUAAUAAUCAUAG